CUGACUUCAACUGUAGGUUGCAGUUAUUAUCCUUCAUAGAGGAUGCUUUGAUUUUUGCCGACUGUUUUCGGGUCAGUUGUGGGUUCAAUGGGGGGAGCACCAAGGCUGCCACCCCUGCCGAGUGGGGCACCAUUUCCCCGACCCUCAAAGGCUUAUCCCUCAGCUGUCCUGCAUGAUGGGUUACAACACAGGCCGUUCCAUUUUAAGGAUUUUUAGGAAUCCCUCAGAGCUCCAUGUUAGGGUGCCUACUCAAAGCGUUUCAUGUGCAAUGGAGUGAGACAGAGUUUACACCCAACAAAAUAGAGGAGACUGUUCUGUCAGAGUGAUCUUGGCAUCAGACGCAGGGAUAUAGAGGAAGUAGUGAGUGCAUCACUUUCUUCGCUAGUCUUUCCCCACUCCCAGUAAAGGAGCUGAGUUUAUUAUCAUACCGUCAGUCUUCAGACACCUUCUCCAUGAGAUAUCUGUCAGACCCACCUCACUAUCCUUACCCUGCAAAGCGACAAUACAUGACUAACAUUGAAUCCUACUACACCGACUCUGGCGCUCAUCUGAUGUGUCAGGGCUUGCAAACCAUCAAGGAUUACAAAGGCAAACCCAACAGUGAGCUGCUCAGUGACUCAUGCAUACCAGACGAGCUAAAUCCCUUCUAUUCUCGCUUCGAGGUAAGCAACACUGAACCAUAAGUGAGAGCACCAGCUCCAGAGAGCACCAGCUGUUCCGGAUGACUGUGUCAUCAUGCACUCCAUAACCGAUCAUUCCUACUUUACUGUGCCUGACACAAGGGAAUUACCCAGCAUACCUGAAAACAGAAACCUAACAGAGUAUUUUGUAGCCGUAGAUGUCAAUAACAUGCUCCAUCUGUACGCUAGUAUGCUUUAUGAGCGUCGAAUCCUCAUCUGCUGUAGCAAACUAAGCACCUUAACGGCUUGUGUUCACGGAUCGGCGGCCAUGAUGUACCCAAUGUAUUGGCAACACGUUUACAUUCCUGUCCUGCCUCAGCACCUCAUAGACUACUGCUGUGCGCCCAUGCCCUACCUCAUUGGAGUACAUUCCAGCCUAAUGGAGAAGGUGAGGGGGAUGGCCCUGGAUGACGUAGUAGUCCUCAACGUAGACACCAACACCCUAGAAACACCCUUUGAUGACCUCCAAAGCCUGCCCAAUGACGUGGUGUCAUCCUUAAAGAAUCGCCUGAAGAAGGUUUCCACGACGACAGGAGAUGGCGUGGCCCGAGCUUUCCUCAAGACACAGGCCGCUCUCUUCGGCUGCUACAGGAACGCGCUGCAGAUCCAACCGGGAGAGCCCAUAACGUUCAGUGAGGAGGUCUUUGUGACCCACCGCUCCAGUGCCAUGAGACAGUUCCUGCAGAACGCCAUCCAGCUGCAGCUCUUCAAACAGUUCAUCGAUGGCCGCUUGGACCUGCUGAACGCUGGUGAGGGCUUCAGUGAUGUUUUCGAGGAUGAGAUCAACAUGGGAGAGUAUGCAGGCAGCGACAAAAACUACCACCAGUGGCUAUUCACAGUAAAGAAAGGCGGCGGUGCUAUCUUUAACACAGUGAGGACCAAGGCUAAUCCGGCCAUGAAAACAGUCUAUAAGUUUGCUAAAGAUCAUGCCAGGAUGGGGAUAAAGGAAGUCAAGAGCCGACUAAAGCAAAAGGAGCUGGCAGAGAAUGGCUACUCCUCGACAGUGGGCACUGGUGGCACAGGAACGGGCACCGGGGAGGAGGGCACCACUGCCGGGUCGCCCACCUCCACAGACGGAAAGGACGGCAGCGCCCGCACCUGGGACGAACGGCGUCCUAUCACUGUGCACUUUGGACAGCCCCUCCGAGAGCCUCCCCCUCGGCCCCCUCCUCCCAGGCUCCAAUGCGGCAACGCGCGGCCCGCCCGUCCACCUAGGCCUCAGGUGGCCAAGAGACCUCGCAGCAACGUGGGCCUGGAGAGUAGCCCUGAACAUGGUGGCCGUCCCACACGUCACUACACAGUCUUUCUGUCCGAGGACUCAUCAGGCGACGAGCUGCAGCACGAAGACCACUCCAUUGCCAGCUUCCCCGAGAACUUUCUCUUCUCUGCCCCCUUCGAAUGGUCACCCCUGCCGCCUCCUUACCGCUCCCUGAAAGAGGCGGAGGAGGGGGAGGAGCCCAUCAGCGGCCCCUCCUACACAGCCCCGCCCAGCCCAGUGAUGGAGAAGUUUGCUGAUAUCAACCUGCUGGGGAACAUGUUCAGCUGCUUGGACGAGCCUGAGGGACAGCAACUCAGCCUGGCCAAGAGCCUGGAGGACCUCCGCACACCCAAAGACCCCCAGGAGCAGCAGAAAUUAAUCUACCAGCGGAUGGACCUGAGUGGCACCCUUCCAGGCCUCAAGCACUCCAACCCCUACAACAAGAUGUGGAGCAUGCAUGGGCAGGAUGAUAUGGCCAUGUCUGGCCGGGUGUCUCCGAAUUGGGACCGACCUCUGUCCGUGCCCCCCCCUGACCUGGAAGAGCUGCGGCCCCCUAGCCGAGAGAGCUUCGGUCCCGGGGUCCUCGAGCGGCCGGAUCUCUUCACCACCCCCAGCCAAGGGGAGUGCAUCACCAUCCCCCGCCCCCAGGGGAGGAAAACCCCAGAGCCAGGUAAGGUCUUGGGUCCGCCACCAGUGCCCCAGCCCCGGAUCAAGCCGGGGGUAGUGGUGGAUGGUGGGACCACUACAGCAGGGGGGCAGGAGUUCCGGCAGGCCCUUGGGAUGGGGGGUGACCUGAUGCUGCAGCCCACCAAGAUGGACUUCAAUGACGCGGAGGAUGUGGACCUGCUCAGCCUCCUGGACCCCCUGAACAACCCGGCCCAGACCACCACCACCCCAGCCUUGGCAGGGGAAGGAGCAGACUCACGGUCCUGUGCCGAACCUCCAACCUCCAGGCCUGUUCUCCCGCCACGUCCCUACCCUCAGAGCCUGCCCCCCUUCCACCAACACAUGCCCCUGAACCCCUUCACCCCGCCCCUCGGCUACUCCACCCACAGACACUACUCACCCACCGUAGCGGGGAAUCCCUUUGGCGGCCGUGCCUACGGGCCUCCCGCCUCCACCUAUUUCCACGCCUCCCCCCAUGGUCACCCUCCUCACCCUCUUUCUACAAUGCUGGGGCUCUACAGACUGUCCUCCCCCGUGGGGUCUACCCUCCCUCCUGGUAUGGGAUCCAUGCGGUCUGCCUUCCCCAAUCAUGGCGGUCCUCCCCCCACCUCCUCAGGCAGCCACCAUGCUCUCUCUAACCUGUUGGACUCCCCCUCGGUCCCCACCCCUAGCCUCGCCACUAGGGUACUGCCAAAGCCUCCCAACACUGCAGAGGACUCCAACGAGACUCAGGAUCCCUUUGGGGACCUACUGGCAAUGGCUAAGCCGGCCGCUGCACCACCUAAAAAGAAGGUGGAGGGCCUUCGGGGGAAGUGGGAGACUUUUGACUAACCCCCCUUUCCUUACUUUCCACGUGUGGGCGUUGUCUUAUUCACCUCUUCCCUGCACCAGCUUAUGCUGCUGACCAAUGAGUAACAGAGUCUGUGUGUCAGGUGACCAAUCAAGAGGCUGGGUUCCAAGCUGUCCCCUCUCCCCCGUCUCCCCCUCUGCUAAAUGUCGGGGUUCACAUCUCACUCUUUCUCUCUCUCCCUCUCUCUCCCCCUCCUCUCUCCGUCUCUCUCUAUGUCUCUAUGUUUCUCUCUCUCUCCGUCUCUCUCUGUCUCUGUUUCUCUCUCUCCUCUCUCUCUCCCUCUCUCUCGGUCGGUCUCUCUCCCUCUCCUCUCUCCCUCUCUAUGUUUCUCUCUCUAUCCGUCUCUCUCUGUCUCUCUCUCUCUCUCUCUCCCCCUCCUCUCUCCCUCUCUCUCUGUCUCCGUUUCUCUUUCUCUCUCUCCCUCUCUCUCUGUCUCCCUCUCUUUCUCUGUCUCUCUCUCUCCCUCCUCUUUCUCUGUCUCUCUCUCUCCCUCCUCUCUCCCUCUCUCUCUGUCUCUGUUUCUCUCUCCCUCUCCGUCUCUCUCUCUCCCUCUCUCUCUGUCUCCCUCUCUCUCUGUCUCCCUCUCUCUCUGUCUCCCUCUCUCUCUGUCUCCCUCUCUCUCUGUCUCCCUCUCUCUCUGUCUCCCUCUGUCUCCCUCUCUCCCCCUCCUCUCUCCCUCUCUCUCCCCCUCCUCUCUCCCUCUCUCUCUAUGUUUCUCUCUCUCUCCUCUCUCUAUGUCUCUCUCUAUGUCUCUCUCUCCUCUCUCCUCUCUCUCGUCCUUCAGUCUGGAAUGGGACUCUCAACCCGGCCUUGCUUCUUUCAGUACGCUGUAUAUGCCAACCAUGCACAGCCCAUGCUAGCACGCUCUUGCACAGUAUCCCUUGGUGUUAGCUGUGUGUGUUCAAUGCCUUCACUUAGACAUUAGCUUAGCUCAAACUGGAAGGCGUGUGGCCUCUAAAACACAUCUUGACUCUAUCCUGGGACCCGGCACCAAAAGGCCAUCAUGUCUCAGAAACUGUCAGAGCCGUGUCUGUUGCUACGAUGGUAAUGCUAAUCAUUAGAGUAGCUAGUAGUUUGUGGAUUUCCCAGCUUAGCGGUGUUCUAGUCCGAUCUGUGGCACAUCACUAACAUGCAGUCCGUCCACCCUCAAUGUGUUCAGCGGCGUCAUGUUUGUAGAGGAAACUCUCGAAUGAUACAUGAUUUUGUUUGCCUGGACUAAUGGACCGUUGUCAUUGACUGAAUCAAAUCCACCAGAACAUUUUGACUGAACGGGGUUGUUUGUGGACCUUGGUUUACGUUAUGCCGGUUACAGCAAUCUUUCAGGUGAAACUUUUGCUAAUUCAUUUGUCAAACUUUAAGAUGCCAUGAUUGUAAAUUCCUAUGUAGUAGGAGAGGACUAUAGAACAACCAUGUUGCACCAAUCAUGUUUGCUAUUUAAACUCAUCCCAUGUAUUCCCUAACCCUUUGUUGAUUUUGGCCUUAUUCUAAGUGUUAUCAUGUUUUCUGUGUCUGAGGACAGUGAUCAUCUACUACUGAGUCACUGGCUGCUUGCUCAGUGUGCUGCUACUAUGAGUGUAAAGUAUGUACUGACAAAAUGGCUACCAUUGUCAGUUGUGAUUGCAACAGAUUGCCAGUGCGCUUCCUUUUGGAUCCGAAAUGACUCAAAUCAGGACCUAGACCAAGAACUAAGACGACACUAGUCUGUGACACUAUAGGACGUUUGUCCCGACAACUGCUACAAAUAAACCCCCACCGCCUUGUGGGUAAUCACAUUCAUGGAGUCAUUGGGGCUAACAUUUGGGAGAACUCCUACAUGCUAAUGCUAAAGGCUAACAGUGUGGUGGAAGAUACAGUAAGGCUGUGGAGCAAAAUCAUGUCAAAUGAUGUCUGUGGAAAUUUAAUUGGAACACAUCUUGGUCCUUGCUUUGUAUGUAGAGGGAACAAAAUAGAAUGUACAGUGUAUGAUUGAUUAAAGAGAUAUCAAGUACUGUGUCGGCUAAUACUAGAAACAUUAAGUCAAGUUUCAUAUUUUGGAACUCCUCCUCAGAGGUAGCGCUUUUCUCCUCUCUGGUCACAACAGCUUAUGGAGAACGGGACUAAUGAGUUCGCAAGAACUUCAGUGACAUUUAAGUCUUCCUUAGUCCAUCCUGAAAUGGUUUGCAAAAUAUUUCCCCCACUUUUAGACGAUGAUUCACAAAUACUACAAUAUGCAUUUAUAAUAUGGACCUUUUUAAUUGAUUUUGUCAAAAAGGUUUGCAAAAUAAAGCCAAAAUACAGACUUUUCUCUGAAGCACGGUGUUAGUGACGUUGACUAGCUAGUCAUACAUUACUCAAGUUAGCGAUAAUUAAUUCACAAGUGAUUAGUGAUUAGCUGUCAAUAUUUAACUGGCUAUAUCUAGACAUCCCUAAGUAUUCAUUGUGUUUAUAAGAAACCUUGAUUUUACCAGAGCCUACAAUCAUUAGUACUGCACUCACCCCUAGUAUUCAUUGUGUUUAUAAGAAACCUUGAUUUUACCAGAGCCUACAAUCAUUAGUACUGCACUCACCCCUAGUAUUCAUUGUGUUUAUAAGAAACCUUGAUUUUACCAGAGCCUACAAUCAUUAGUACUGCACUCACCCCUAGUAUUCAUUGUGUUUAUAAGAAACCUUGAUUUUACCAGAGCCUACAAUCAUUAGUACUGCACUCACCCCUAGUAUUCAUUGUGUUUAUAAGAAACCUUGAUUUUACCAGAGCCUACAAUCAUUAGUACUGCACUCACCCCUAGUAUUCAUUGUGUUUAUAAGAAACCUUGAUUUUACCAGAGCCUACAAUCAUUAGUACUGCACUCACCCCUAGUAUUCAUUGAAUAAUAAUAAUACAUGGGAUUUAUAUAUCGCUUUUCAAGGAACCCUAUGGUUUGUAUGCACCUUUCUUAGGGGCUGUGGUAACUUUUGAUCGACUAUACAUUUGAAGUGUGGUUUAAGAAACCGAGCAAUGCUAAUUAAAUCUCACUCUAACACUUGGUCAA